AUGGCUGGGUUUAAGGACGUGUUCAUCGAUAUGGAGCGCCUGCGACUCAAUUCAAUAUCGCAUGCCACUUCGUUCACGGUAAGCCCAGUUAUGAAGAAUAUCACUCAGACCACCUCCACUUGCUUUAUGCCUUUGAACAGCUAUGUUCUGUUGACUCCUACUUCAAUGGUCCCGUUGGUCGGUGAGCAAUAUAUUUACGGUCAGUGGGUAGGAGCAGCUUCGGACGAGUGCUUCAAUCUAACUGGUACAUGCGAUGAGUGGAUGACACCAGAUCCUGCGAAUGGGGACGUCAUCGUAUUCUUCGCCCAUGAUAAGUUAAUUCCUAACAACAAAGGGUUACCCCAUAUUAUUAUUCUGGAGAACGGCAAGGCUGAGCUGGAUGCAACUGAAGAGGUACUCUUUGCAGCAAGCCCUCUCUCUAUUGGUUUGUUGAAGGAGCAGCCCGAAUCUACGGAGAUAUUAUCCGACACAGCCAGCAUGGGGUUCCAAAAGAGCCAAUCGGUUCCAACAUAG